CUUUAAUAUAAUAUAAAACAAUUUUACAAUAAUAUAAUUAGCAAUGGCACCAAGUGGUAGAGCUAUUUUGUCCGUUUUCAUUGUGCUUUCUCUCCUUAUCAUAGCUAAUUGUGAUGCUUAUAACGAGGAGAAGUACGAGGGAGUGAAGAAGGAGGAGCAAAGUAAGGAAUCAUCGAUUGGCCUUGAAAAUGGAGUUGGAAAUAUGAAGUUUAGCCGAAAACAAAUAAUAAUUCCAGCUAAAUGCUUUAAAAGUGUAUGCACCCCUGGGAUUACUGGCCCAACGUGCUAUUGUUGUAAUACUAUAAGAUGUUAUGUAACUGAAGAUGAAUGUAAAAAGAACUGUCACUGAUCGAGAAUUUUAAAUUUUACUCCGAUGUUAUUUUGAUU